AUGAAUUCACCGAAUAAUCCGAACACCACAAAUAAUGGGGGUAAUCGCAAACAGGGCGAAGUGACCUUUACAAACCGCACUAGUGGCCAGUGUUUCGAACUCAAAGGAGAGAAGACCGAGUGCUCGCAGUCCGGGUAUUGUGAGACAAAUUUAUCCGUUUCGUCUUUGAAAAUCCGUCUUGCCCCGACCAUUCAAAAUACACUCGCAGCCGUUGUGGACACUCUGUUGAAUGAAGUAGCAGCGGUACUGGACGAUGCCUUGAUCAAGACUCAACAAGAACUGGUGACACGGGAACAAGAGAACCAACGACUGAGACUGCGACUUGAGGUGUCUGAGGGGGAGCUGAAAGCGUUACAGGAAUGCCUGUGCAGUGCCCAGAAAUUUAUCGAUCAGCUCCCAGUUUCCUUCCCCGGCCUGCCGACCCUCGGCCAGUUGGGCUUCGCCUCUUCUGUGCCGUCUGCCUGUAUAGGACAUAACAUUGUGGACAGAGACGGUGCCCAGCCUUUUGGCCAACAAAAUGAGAACGAACGUGACGUAUCUUGCCUUCCUGUGUGUAACUCGGAGCUGAGCGGUUCGCUUAGUGAUGCGCUGCAAGGUUUCGACACUGGGGAUGAGCUGAAGGUUUGUCAGCUAUCCAUUCAAGCGGACGGCACCGUCACCAAUCAUCUUUUGAACUCCUUCACUGCCAACUCACCUAACCCUUGGUCAGACGUUAACCCUAGGCCCGCUACAGACCGUGCUGCAGUGGAGAAGAGCCGUCAGUGUGUGUCAGAGCCAGAACCGAACGCACCAACGCUGGGCCCCCAACCCAGGUUUGAGAUCAAACAGGAGCAGGACCAGGGGCUGGGACAGCACGGGCAAAUGAGGGCAGGGGAAGGGGGUGUCGCUAUGGCCGCAGAGAGUGAGCAGACUGCUCAGAAUGUGGGCGAGCUGGGCUACAUCCAUGUGGUGGAGGAGGAGGAUGGGUCCCGCUCACUCCGAGCCCAGAAACUCGCUCGGCCACCCUCGCAGCACCCAUCCAAGUGCGCUCCUGUUUCGGACGGGCUGGUGGCGGGGCUGAAAGCUCUGGCGAAACCUCACCUCGGCAUGAGGCUGGGUCAGGUGUCCUCGAGGGGGACUAUUGGAGCGAAGGGACCCCCGUCCGCCAACCCGGGGGCAGACCCCGGGGACCGCCCCCACCUCUGCCUGGAGUGCGGCAAGACCUUCCGCCUGAUCUCCAGCCUGAAGAAGCACAUCCGCAUCCACACGGGUGAGAAGCCGUACCCCUGCGGCGUGUGCGGCCGCCGCUUCCGCGAGUCGGGCGCCCUGAAGACGCACCAGCGCAUCCACACGGGCGAGAAGCCCUACUCCUGCUCCGACUGCGGGACCAGCUUCCGGCACCUGGACGGCCUGCGCAAACACCGGCGCACGCACACGGGCGAGAAGCCCUACGCGUGCGGCAUCUGCGGCAAGCGCCUCAGCCGCCUGCAGCACCUCAAGCACCACCAGCGCAUCCACACCGGCGAGAGGCCCUGCCGCUGCCCCCGCUGCCACAAGAGCUUCAAGGAGCCGGCAGCGCUUCGCAAGCACCUGCGGACGCACAAGGAGGAGCCGGGCGGCGCUGAGGAGGCCGGCAUCCCCGAGGACGGCGUCGGGGCCGGCCGUGAGCCUGCCGGGAGCCUCACCCGCCUCCAUCCGCCCAUGCUCCCCCUGCAGAUGGGGUUCGGGGUGUGGGGCGCUGAUGAGGAGGAAGGGAUUGUGAUGAACUGUGUAUAACACCCAUGUCAUGUGACCAAGGGAAGUUUUUUCCCUCUGAUUUACCGUACUGCCUAAAGUCCUCACAGUCUACGCACAGUGAAUAGUGUUUCACUGAAUAGUGAAUACCCCUGUUUUGCCAUACUGCGAGGCAUAGAAAAAACCUCACCCAGUGUGUGUGCAUGAUACUGCCAUUGUGAUUUUGUAAUGGUCCAGGUCUGGAGGGCUGCUCAGCGGAUUAGGUUUUGUUCUACAUUAGGUAGUAAUGUGGGAAAAUCUUGUGUCAGCAAACUCUUGAGUGCUUAACCUGCAGGGUCCCACCCGAAUGACUGUAUUUGCCCGUUCUAAGAUGUGGUCAGUUUGAAAUUAUAAUC